AGCAUAAGACAGACAGACAGAAAGAAAGACAGAGAGACACUACUACUCUGAUUUGUCCAGCAGAUGGCAGUGUGUGUUCUCUAAUCUCUAAACUCUAGGCUUCAUGUGGCUCUGUGGCCACGCUGUUGUAAAUCGUCUGAAGAUUCUCAGUCAUCCAGAUCAUGGUUAACCAGGAGGAAUCCCUUGAUUCAACUCUUCUUGGAUGUGCUGUAAACCCUAACACCACAACAAACCCUCAUUGAGACGUUAGCAGCGAUGAUCACAUACAGGACUGACGGGCUGGUCUGAAAACAUACUUGGAGCCAUUACAGACUCCAGUUUACUGUCAACUGAUGUGAAGAGUUUCUUCUGGCAGCAGAGAAAGAUGCACGCCUUCCUGCUGCUUGCCUGCUUUGUCCUCGCCGCGACAGAGUACUUCCUUGGCUCUGCCCACAUGAUCCCUGAUGAGAGACUCUCCACCAACAGGGUUGUUGUAUCUAACGCUCUCUCUCAAAGCCUAGAGAUAGGCUCACCCCCUGUUGUUAUUGUUGAGUUGCCCAAGUCAGUGAAGACCAAGAAAGCAAAGAAACAAAAAAAGAACAAAUUCAGCGUGAAGCGCCCUCCUCCUCCUGCUAACUGCAUUCCCUUGUGGGGAAGCUGUAAAUCUCCAGGCAAUGUGUGCUGUGAUUUCUGUGCCUUCUGCCAGUGUCGGCUCUUCAGAACUGUCUGUUACUGUCGAAUGGGCAACCCUCGCUGCUGAACAGCCAGCUGCAGGCCAACCCAGAUCCAAGCCAACAGAACAAAACUUCAUGCUAAAGCAAACCACUUGAAGUGAGGUGAAUCACUUCAUGGUUUGGUCCUUUUCCUAAAAUUCACUGCAUGAAAGCACUUUAUCACAGAGGACUUCACCACAGUGAACUUUCUUAAAAUCUUACAGGGUGUAAAGCUUGUAGCACUGCUAUGAAACUCAUAAAUAAAAUGUGUAAAACAAGUUUUAUUUUACCUUGAGCUUUUAGCAUGCAUGAAUAAAAUGUAUUUGCUCAAACAUUUUUACAUUCUGCUUUAUUGCUACACAGAAACACAUAACGUGCACUAUCACUUUCACUUUUUACUGUCAUGGGUAUCAAAUAUUUUAAGAAACCCUGUAAGAAUAAAAUCCCUGUACAAUG